AUGGAUCCAACUAGAGCACCCAAUUUCAAACCAACUUCGGCCGAUGAAGAACCGCACCCACCUCCGGAUCCGACUUCGACGAUUCCAAAAUCGAAACCAAUCGUACCCUACGUCUUGGCAGAUCGUAGUUCGUCAAUUGAUGCCCCUUUCAAUCUUUUGAAUGCUAGCAAGAAGCCCACUAGCUCUCAGGAAAAGACGACGGCGUUCAACCCAAAAUCGGAUUCGACUGAAUCUGGACAUAGUCAUAAGACACGCCACUCGAAGAACCCAAAAGGUGCGUUUACUAUCAGCGGCCGCUCGAGUCGUCAUCCGAACCACAUACCUUGGACGACAACAGAUUUCCAACCGUUGUCUGCGGAGGUGUCAAACACAGAGGAUUGCGGGGAGGAAGAGGAUGACGAUCCGGAUGAAGAAAAGGGCACUUCCGAUGAGAUAGAUAGAACCUUGGAUAUUGGUUCGCGCUUAGCUAUUGAGGACGGUGACGAAGGUAUGGGCGGCGUGAGCAUCGGAGUGCUGAAAAACCAGAUUGCAGAUCUGGAGGAGGUGCCUCAUGGAAUUGUUCGUCAAGCGAGAAAGCUGGAGGAUUACGAGUUCCCAACUCAUAGGCUGGCCAAAAAACUGCAGGAUCCUAACAAGUUGCCCUUGGUGAUCGUGGCAUGCGGCUCGUUCUCCCCUAUCACCUAUUUGCAUUUGAGAAUGUUUGAAAUGGCUUUAGAUGCCAUUCGUGAACAAACAAGGUUUGAGGUCAUCGGAGGUUACUACUCCCCAGUAAGCGAUAAUUACAAGAAACAGGGUUUAGCCGCUGCAAAACACAGAGUUCGUAUGUGUGAGCUGGCGUGUGAGAGAACCUCAUCAUGGUUAAUGGUAGAUGCUUGGGAGUCCUUGCAGCCGACUUACACAAGAACUGCCAAGGUCCUAGACCACUUCAACCAUGAAAUCAAUGUCAAGAGAGGUGGAGUGCGUACCGUAACAGGCGAGAAGAUGGGCGUCAAGAUCAUGCUACUCGCGGGCGGUGACUUGAUCGAGUCCAUGGGUGAGCCAAAUGUCUGGGCUGACGCAGACUUACAUCACAUAUUGGGUAACUAUGGCUGUUUGAUCCUUGAGAGAACGGGGUCCGAUGUGCGGUCUUUCCUGUUGUCACACGAUAUUAUGUAUGAACACAGGAGAAACGUGCUGGUGAUCAAACAGUUAAUUUACAACGAUAUUUCAUCCACAAAAGUUAGACUAUUUCUCAGGCGUAACAUGUCGGUUCAAUAUCUACUGCCAAAUUCUGUGAUUCGCUACAUCCAGGAACACGGACUAUACGUUAACCAGACUGAACCUGUUAAGCAGGUAAUGGGGAAUAAAGAUUAA